AUGCGGUUCAGCUUCAUUUUCUCGCUGAUCUCCGUUCUGAUGGAUUCUGUCUGCCUCCCCUGCACUGUCAUCUUCCUGUCCGUCGAUAUCUUCCGAAGCCCAAAGAAUCUCGUCUCGGACGUCCUCGCGUUCUCUCGAACCAUUCUGUAUUCAGUGGUCAGUUUGGAUUUCCUUCUGGGCUGGGUAGAAGGCCAGAAUUUUCGAAGCCUAAAGUUUUGAAUCUUUUAAUACUGCAAACAGACCCAGACUUUGCAAGAACUUGGAUUGAGGUAUAUAUAUAGGCUUUAUAUCAACAUAUCUUGUGACCAGAUAAUCCGAUCGGUCUCAAUUUUGGGCGCAAGUUAUUUCGAUCCAAGUUCAAGAAUCCUGCAAAGUUUGGGGCCUUGAAAAAACGGGGAGUUGAGUUGAGGCCUCAAAAAUCCCGGCCCGUCAUUUGUCCAGCCCUAUUUCUUCUCACUUCUCAAACGUUUGACUGUUCAGAGCGUGAUCGUGACCAUCAGCACCGCCGUUAAUCUGAAGUUCCCCGCGCUGCUCAGCGAGACAGACUGGUUUACAACGAUGCUCGCCAAUUCGGAUUCGUUCAAAAAUUUCGGACUCGUCUACUAUCUCUUGAAAACCAGCUUUGGCUUCAAUUACUUUUCGGCGGCUUUCCAGUGUCUCAGCACAGUCCAAUUCAAGUAUCAUCAAUUGAAAGUGAACAAUAUAAAUAUAAGAGUGGCGGUUGGUGAUACUCACUUAAAAUUAAAGCUAUUUUCAAGGUUUCAGGGGCUGAGAGACAUUUUCGCAUUGCUGUCUAUCACUGGUUUCAGCUUUCUCGUCACUAUUCCAGUGAUUCUGAACGAUCUCGAAAUAAUUCACCUCAGCGAUGGUACCUAUGUUUUCAAAAGCUUAUCAGAGGUAUCAUAGGCCGAAAAGCAACAUGUCUCUAGGGGAAUAAUCACAGAAUGGAAUGCUCUUCUCGGUGUGUGCUAUUGCUAUUUGUGGUCUGUUCUCUUUUUCCAUCUCAAUUUAUGCCCACAAAAGUUUGAACGGAACAUUGGCCACUAAAGAUUUCGUCUCUUCUGCUCAAUUGAAAAGGAUCAACAGAAGCUCAUGCAUAGUUGUAUUUGGAUUGCUCGUAGGAAUUUUCAAUAUGGUACGUGGGCUUCAAAACACAAUUUGAGCCUAAUUUAUAAUUUACAGAUUAUCAUUCGUCUUAGCAUUACUUGCGAGUUUUUCGAGCCAGCUUUCCUUUACGCCUACGCGUUUCUUCCAGUCACAAGCUCUUGGAUGUGCCAUUCGGUUACUCUCGCUCACAUUAUUACAAACAAGAAGGUAUGAUGACUAUUGAAUGACAUAUGGCGACUUAAUUUGAUAUUUUCAGAAGCGGGAUCAGGUGAUAAAGAUUGUGAAAGGGAAACUCGGCAUCAAAACCGGACUGGUCGCGCCUUUGGAUCCGCAGGCACAUUCUCCAAACCGUGUUUUCACAAUCACCCAGAGUGUAUCUCCAAUGAACACAGCCAUAAACAUUCAUCGUAGAACACUCACAGUCGUCGAAUGA